GAGCCAAAGACUUGUCGCCACGAACGCCGCUGCGAUAACUACCUACUUCGUACCAUUGGUAAGGUGGAUUGUUCAGCCAAAGUGGACAGGAAUGCCUGGCGAAAUGCCAGCCAUUCCCCGGCUUGA